UUUUAUUCGACAGUCUUCUUUAUUACAAAAAUUUUUUUGAAUUUUAAAUUACUUCAAGGAGAGAACGCCAUGCCUAAUAAAAAUACUGUGCUCCUUUUUAUAGUGACUACUUUUAUUUUUGCAUCAUUGUUGACGCAAACACAUUGUGCUGAGUUAAAAUAUUUCUCUGGCAAUGAACAAGAGUCUUUGGUCCAUCUGCGACUAGUAAGGCAAGGAUCACUGCCGAUCCCGAGACCAGCAUUUCAAGGUAAUGCGCCUCAUCCAAGACCAGCCAGGCAAGGAUCACGACCGCCUACCCGGCCAGCCAGCCUGCCAGUUGAAACAAGACUAUCUGGUUUAGGGCAAUGCUAAACGCCAGCGCUAAAAUCUAAGCAAAGUUCCGCACCAUAUUUUCGAAAAAAGGACAACUUUUUGGUUACUAAUGGUACAUCAUUUAAUAAUAGGAGUAUCAUCAUCAUCAUUUAAUAAUAAAGUAGUUAGAAAUAACUAACAAUAAUAGUUUUACUUCGAGGAAUGAAAAAAAGUCUAAACGUAGAAUUCGCGGUAUUUACCAUAUAAAAUAAAAGCUUUAAUAUGUUUUUAGCUUAUAGAAUUCUGCUGAUUUUCGUUUUUUAAUGUUUACCAAUGAAACAUGAAAGUCUUCUUAAUAACGGAUGCAAUUUUUUACUUCUUAAUUAUAAAAAGAAACCAUAACAAAACAUCUGUAAGUAGGCGCCACACAAACUUGUCUGCUAUUAUUACCAUAAUUGUUAUUGCUAUUGUUUGUGGACCGGUAUAUUACAUUUCAGCUAAAACAAAAUAAUAUAAUAAAUAAUUCUUAAUAUGAAAACAAUAUUCAUUACACAAACAAUGGCUGCUUGCCUAUAGUAAAGAAAAAUUGGUAUACUGGAAGACUCUAUAUGGGUAUUCUCUCGUAAAAGUAUUAUGGCAAAGUCGAACUAUAAAACUACAGCCGAAGCUACGAUCAGAUACCAGUUCAGCUUUAACUUCCCGGUAGCGAUAUUUCCAGCAUUAUGUCCAGAAAUUUAUUUAUGCUCCUCUUUGGCACUUCACUGUUAGUAUCCAGUUUUUUGAUGACUAAUGCUCAGUUCAAUGUGUCAAAAAAUGUGCUACCAGUAAGUUUAAAACCGAUAAUACCGAGACCAAGUAUACCAGCACGAAGACCAAUACCAACCAGCAGACCCAGGCCCCCAACAAGAAUACCUAGUCUACCACCGAUUAGGCAACCAAGUCCACCAACGAGAAGACCAAAUCCGCCAACGUUGAGACCAACACCACCAACUAGACGACCAACUUGGACAGUAACUAUAACCGUAACUAGAACACCAAGAAUGAUAACACGGGCCUUAUGUCGUCACUGUUCUAAGUCAUCAAAAUGUAGAGCUGCCGGUCCAUCUCUAUGCGUGUGUAGUCGAAAUAAGAAGCUCUGUCGUCGAGUGGCCAAUAGAUGCACUUUGCGGAAGCUCAAUUGUCAAGCGAAGCCACGUAACAAAUGGGGUAUCACGCAACAGAAGCGUUGUGCUAAGCUGAAAGUAGGCGCAAAGGCAGCAAAAUGUAAAGAUUAGUGAAGAUAAGAUAUAAUUUAGAGCCUCUACAGUC